AUGGAUGCUAGUGUGUUGAGGGCUGUGGUUUUGAUCAGCAUGCUUGUGCUUUCAAUAGCUCAAGCUAAUAUUAAUCCUUCCUAUACCAAUGCGGUUCCAAAUGACAAUCCUCUCGAUCAAGUUGAUGAUGUGUAUCCUCGCUCUAAUACAAAUCAAGUGGUUCCAAAUGGCCAUAUUAUCUCCUGUGGUUUAAAAUGUGCGACAAAGUGCCUGAUGAACCCAAUAUGCCUUGGCAUGUGCAUGAUCAGAUGCAAACAUAGGCCUUCGGAUGUUGUGUAUGGUUGUACACAUAAUUGUGCCAACUCCAUUGCCACCACAAGCACUUCCAAUUCUGAUAAGCGCUAUGUGGAAGGUUUCGUGGAUUCAUGCUAUGAGAGUUGCUCCAAGAAUAACCAGAUAAAUUAA